AUGAGGUACACUCUUGGACACGGCCUUCUACAGGCCUCAGUUAUCUCAGUGAUCUCAAUUAUUUCAGUUGCCUCCGCUUCACCCGCUCCAACGGCUUUCACCAACGAUGCCCCUUCCGACCCUGUCAUCACCCCUUCCCCAGUCCAACAUGAUCCUUCACCCGUUGUCCCUCGAAACAUCUUGAGUGACGUAGAAUCGGAUGUCGGCGGUGCCCUUUCGGACCUUGGGUCUGGCCUACCUUCGUGGGUGGCAUCUGGAGUACCCAAUUUCUUCCAGGGUUUCCCCACUGGAGACGCGGUUGUGAGCUCUCUCGGAUUGGAUGAUUCCGACUUGAAGGCAUUACCGACCAAUGUGUUGAACAUUGACCCUUAUGCCAACUGGACCAAGUCAGGCUGGAAUGUUCGCUUCCAUGGAAACGUCUAUAAGCAACCAAACAUCUCUGUCUCUAAGUUGAACGAUUUGGCCGAUAUCUUCCUGGUCAAUACUAGUAUCUCGGACCUUCCCAAAUCCGAGCAAGCCCAGGCACGCAACCUGACUGCCGGGAUUUUCGUUGUGCAGCAGCCAGAUGUUGCUGUAAACACGAUCCACCUGAAGCCUGCGGCGGGUCAGGGAUCCAGCGGACAGCCAGGCGGCGGUGGAUCUUCGAAGACCACAGGUGGCACGCAAGACAUCACUCUGCCUUACAACACAACGGUCGAAGGUGACUUUGACACUUUUGUGCCGAUCGACAGCAAUGGUCUUACUCCCGGAAAUGAGACAAAGGCCAUUCAAAGACUCGACACUCAUGUCGAGGGCGCAAGUAUCGGAAACUCUACCGCCUAUCUGGUGCCUCCCACCGGACUCACCAUCAUCUCUGACAUCGAUGAUAUUCUGCGCGUCACUAAGAUCUAUGAACCAGAGAAAGGGUUGAUCAACUCUUUUGCGCGUCAGUUCACACCUUGGCAGAACAUGCCGGAGAUAUACCGCAACUGGUCCACCAGCCUUCCCGAUACGCAUUUCCACUACCUGACCACAACCCCCGAGCAGGUCACCAGGAACUACAUGGAGUUCAUCUACAAGACCUACCCCGGUGGCUCCUUCGACACCCGUCCUCUGAACUUCAGCGACGUCUCCGCCACUCUAUCAAUCCGCAAGUUCCUCUUGCAGAAGAUCUUCGAGACCUUCCCCGAGCGUAAAUUCGUCCUGGUGGCCGACACUAGCAACAGCGAUGUCAUGCGCGACUAUCCCAAACUAGCCACCGACUUCCCCGACCAAGUGCAAUGCAUCUUCCUCCGCAACACCUCGGCGACCGACCCGGGCGACCAUUUCCCAUACGAUACCUCUGGAUUCAAGGGGAUCAAACAGUCGAAGUACAUGUUCUUCGUAAAUGCCGAUGACUUGACCAACUUGGAUCUCGCAAAUGGCGAUUGCUAUAACCAGUCGAUUGCACAGAACCUCACGUUCGGAUACCAGGGACUGCCAUUGGGAGCGGGAAAGACCGCUGCUGUUAACGGAUCGGCGAACCACACGGGUGCUGCUAGUGCACUGCUGACUCCGAGGUCGGAUGGUAUGCAGGGCCUUAUGGCAUUGGUCGCAUUGAUUGCUGCCACGUUUAUGUUUAUUUAA